AUAAGAAACGACUAUAAAAGCGAAAACACAGAACAAAGCAACUAGCUUCAUCAUACUAGAAGAAUACGAAUCGCUGUCUCUUGCAUCAUUUGAGUCGUAUCGAAUUCUACUCGCCGGAAAACUCUACCGGAAUUGUUCCUCAGCUACAAGAAACACCGAGAAACUCGUACAGCGAAUGGAUUCAUCACAAAGUCCAUCUGAUGGGGGAAAUGGGAUGCCGCCGAUCUUUCAAACUAACGAUACUGCUGCUUCUAUGCAAAACCUGAAGCAGAUCAACGAGUCCAUUGAGAAAACCUUGGCCCUUAUCCAUCAACUUACCCUUACUGUCUCUAAUUACGAUGAUGCUCUGCAAAUGCCACUCCUCCAACGCAUCAACGGUCUUGUUGCGGAGCUUGACAACAUGAUGAAAUUGGCGGAAAACUGCAACAUCGAGGUUCCUAUGGAGGUUGUAAAUUUAAUUGAUGAUGGGAAGAAUCCAGACUUAUUUACGAGAGAUGUUAUAAACAACUGUAUUGCAAAGAAUCAGAUCACCAAAGGAAAAACGGAUGCUUUCAAGGAUUUUCGCAAGCAUCUAUUUGAGGAAUUAGAACAAAACUAUCCUGAUGAAGUUGAGACAUUUAGAGAGAGUCGUGCUGCGUCCGCUGCGUCUGCUUCUGCUGCAUCUGUGUCUGUGUCCGAUGCACUUGCGUCUGCUUGUGCGUCCGAUGCACUUGCUACUGCUUGUGCGUCCGAUGCGCCUGCUUGUGCGUCCGAUGCGCCUGCUUGUGCGUCCGAUGCGCCUGCGUCUGCUUGUGCGUCCGAUGUGCCUGCGUCUGCUUGUGUGUCCGAUGUGCCUGCUUGUGAGUCCGAUGUGCCUGCGUCUGCUUGUGCGUCCGAUGUGCCUGCGUCUGCUUGUGCGUCCGAUGUGCCUGCGUCUGCGUCCGUUGCGUCUGCUUCUUCUGCAUCUGCGCUUGCGUCCGAUGCGCCUGUGUCUGCUUCUGCAUCCAAUGCGCUUGCUUCUGCAUCCGAUGCGCCUGCUUCUGCUGCAUCCGUGUUUGCGUCUGAUGCACCUGUGUCUGAUUCUGCGUCCAUUGCGCCUGCGUCUGCUGCUUCUGCUUCUGCUGCAUCCGUGUUUGCGUUCGCUGCGCCUGUUUCUGCAUCAGCUGCGUCUGCGUCCACUGCGUCUGCUUCUGCUGCAUCCGCGUAUGUGUCCAAUGCACAUGUGUCUGCAUCUGCGUCCGCUGCUGCGCCUGCGUCUGUUUCUGCUGAGUUGAAUCGGCUCGGACAGAAAGUGUAUUGCCAAAUGGAGAUGUUAGUGUUAAAGGAGUUUGAUGUCUUUGUUUCAUUUGUAAUUUAUAGUUUAGGAUUGAAGAUAUUUCUCUCUUUUAUUUUAUUUUACCUUGGUUUGCAUAGUGAAUUUCAACACUGAUUCCUUAUUCUCGUUACAUCUCUCAUUUUUUUACCUUUUACUUUUAUUUAUGGAUGUAAUGUCGUUAUUAUGAAUGUCUUUUAUAUGUAUGAAUUUA